UUAGUCUUUGUUCAGACUACGGAGCGAGCAAUACCUUCGGGCGAUAAAAUCAGAGCGCUGAUUUUUACACAGAACGUACGCAUAGUUUUGGGGGGAAAGAAAUCCCAACUAAAGCAAGACAGCCUUCUUUUUGUACUUUUUUGUGUGGUUUUUGCUUUUUUUGUUGCCGAGAAAUUGAAAAAGAUUUAAUUCAAAGUUAACUCAAUCAAUUAAGAAUGACAUAGAAAUGUGAAAAUGCAAAACUAAAUCAGACGUAUUAACAAAAGAUAUAAAUGAAAAAAUCUUUCCCUCUUUCAAAACGAACGAAAGAAAACAAGAAUCAUAGUAUGAAGAAAUCAUAGUCAUAAAUCUAACUAAAGAAUUUCGUUCCAUCAAUAGUUAAGCGAAUCACCUAUCUAAAUAUCAAAUAUUCAAAUACCGCUCGAAGUAAUUUGCAAAACGUACUUGCCAAUCGCCAAAAUAGCUCCUGACUCGACUUAAGGCUGUAACAUCACAAAAUAAACAUAAAAACUCAACGAAUCUUUUUGCAAUGAAAAACAUGCAUACAUAUCUCAAAAAAAAUCUACUUUGAAAAACAAAAAUUCUCCUUGUAAUAAAUAAUCUACGGCAGUCACUCAUGUGUCGUGGUCUUCUGUGAUAAAAGUGUUGUCCAACAAACAGAGCUGUCAGGCAGGUACAUUGGCGGCGGGCAGGCCGACAGGCGGAUAAACAACGGCAAGCAUUCACAGAUUCAACUUAACGAUCAUUUUUGCCAGCGCGUUUUUCUUUUCUCCGCAGAUAAAUUGAAUUUAAUCACAGAAAAUUACCACGGCAAGACAUUCAAAUUUCAGUGACAGUGUGUGAGUGAGCGCAGGCGCACAUAAGACAGUCAAGUGAAUAACAGAGUGUACGGUCGUGUGUGUGUGUGGGUGUUUGUUUGCAAAUGAUUUGAUUUUCCUGUUUUGUUGUUUUUUGUUUUCGAUUCGCUCAUCUUUCACCGUGAUCCGAGAUUUUAAAAUUCCGAAUGAAAAAAUACAACAGCAAUAACAAAAACAAAUAGCAGCAGACUUAUCUCAAAUCCAAGUAAAACGUCAUCGUCAUCAUCAUUUCAAGAGUGGCUGUCAUUGUUAUCGACUAACGGACAUCCAUCCUAAUCCAAGGGUGUGUGUGUAAGAGAGUAAGUGUGUGGCACAAAAGAAGAAGAAAAAAGAAACGUCAAAUUUAAAUCAAAUUACAAUUAAUUUUCAUUUAAAUGAUGUGCCAAAGUGAAUAGCCCAAAAAAAAACCCCCACUGACGGCAGACUACAGUGAGUGAGUGUGAAUGUAAAGAAAUAAAAUCAAGAAAAUAAAAUCAAAACCAAUCAAAAACGACAAAAAAACAGAAAACUACCAUCAAACUACCAUCCUCUAACUGUUAUAAAUUAAAGCGAAAAUUGAAAAAAAAAAACUAAUUAACAAGAUUGAUAGAAAGAUUUUCUAUAAAUGAAUUAAACAUCCCUCCGUCAUAUUAAUCUCUGUAAUUAAUUGUGAUUCUCUCUAAUAACUCAUCUAAUUAACACAUUUUAAAUUGGUUUUAAAAAAAGACUGUGAAAAAAGCCGCCGUACCGCCGCCAACAUCAACGAACAAAAUGGGAGGUGAAGAAGUUGGUACGGAAACGGGCUAUGUACCGCCCCCAGAUUCCCGCUAUGCUGACUUUUGUCAACGUCAUGGCAUAAAUCCCAAUUUGAUUAUGCUCAAAAUAACACUUUUCGUUAUGUAUGGAGCCACUUCAUCAUUGUUGCCUUAUUUGACCAUCCAUAUGCAAUCGAUUGGCUUGACCGUUGAGGAAAUUGCCAUUAUUUAUUUGGCUCUGCCAUUUACGACUUUUUUAAGUCCGCCCAUCACAGGAUUCCUUGUCGAUAAGUUUGGAAAAUACAAACCAGUUGUGGUCAUGAGUCUGCUGCUCAAUGCCAUAUUCCAUCACUCGUUGCUGUUCAUACCGCAACAGGAAAUUCCGGGUGUUGUGCCAUCGGCGUUUGUGAUGCGCCACCCCGAUAGUGGUGUCAUUGAGGUAUGGUGGUCACCCUGUCCCAGUCGUGAAUGCCCAGAGGAACAUGAACUUAAAUUGGCUGUAAGUCAAUGCACGGACUACUGUUUGCUGCAGGAACCAUCAUCCGCAUCAAACUUAUUUAGCCCAUCACCAGAGUAUUACACGCCAUCAACGUCAACAGGGUCGAUGUUGUCGCCAUCGCCAUUGUCGUCGUCUUCAUCGUCAUCAUCCGAUUCGGCGUCGACAAAGGCAGAAAGUUAUAUGUCAACAACUUCCAUGCCUUCUUUAGCUUCAAUCACACCAUCAUCAUCAUCAUCAGCAACAACGUCAUCAUUAUCAUCUACAACAACAACAACAACACGAGUACCAAUAACAACGACAGCCCCUAGAACAAUAUCAACAACAACAGCAGCAAUAGUAGCAGCUGCAGCAGCAACAAUGCCUGAAGGCAAUACUACAACCACCACCACCACCGGCCGAAGUAUAUUCCAAGAUGUACUUAAUAUGUCAGCGACAAUGUUCCCGCCCGUAGUGACAUCUUUAUCCUCCAUGUCUAUGUUGGAGCGUCAGGAUUGGAAUGAAUCAUUAGAUGUGGACACCAAUGCGACCGAGUCGACCACCUUUAGCUGGGUACAUGCCAAUGCCACAGAUUCAACAUUUUUCAUGUUGUUGAUGCAUCCCGAUUUGGCUCCACCCUCCGAGCAAUUGGGCAUGGAAAUCGAACCGGACGACAAUGAGACGGUGACCGAUAUCAAGCAACGUUUUGGUGAAAAACGCCUAUGGGAAAUGCAAAUCAAUGUCACCGAUUUGGAAGAAUUGGAUUUGCGUUGCGGUGGCAUUGCCAGGCGUCACAAUAUGACACAUCUGUCCAAUGAGACAGUCAAUUGUAUGGUGCAACGAUGUACGUUUACCCUAAAUGCACCGGAAAUUUGCCCACCCGACUACAAGGAAACAGACAAAAUGAUAUUUUGGAUAUAUUUUUUGCUGAGAUUUUUGGCAACCACCAUGUUAUCGGCUGGUGUCACAAUCAUGGAUCCCAUAGCCCUAACCAUGAUUGAAAAGUACGGUGGAGAUUUCGGACGUGAGCGCCUGUUUUCGAGCAUUGGUAUGGCCAUCUUUUCACCCAUCACCGGCGUCAUGAUUGAUUACUAUUCCAGGGGCCUGGGCUACACGGACUACUCGGCGGCCUUCUACACAUACGACGUACUGUUAAUUAUUUCAACGGUCUCAGUGCUGAUGAUGCCCCUGGGCGAGAAGCUGCCAGCGGACAAUGUCUUUAGGGACUUGUGGAAUUUACUGAAGAUGCCACAUGUGAUAACGUUCAUAUUCUUCCUCUUCAUUUUGGGCAAUUUCUGGGGAUUCAUUGAGAGCUUUUUGUUUUUAUAUUUAAAAGAAUUGGGAGCACCGAAUUAUUUAUUGGGUAUUACCAUAACUGUGGGCACUGUGAGCAGUAUUCCCUUUCUGUAUGGAGCUGAGAAAAUUACCCGAAUAUUCGGACAUGUUAAUUUGAUUAUUAUUGCUUUCUUCUCGCAUGCGGGACGUUUGGUGGGCUAUUCCUUCAUUGAAAAUGCCUGGUGGUGUUUUCCCUUUGAAGCCAUGGAAGCUCUCUCCUGCCACUUAAUGUGGGUGGCAGCAGCCACAUAUUGUUCCAUACUGGCGCCGAAAAGUCUACUGGCCACAUUGAUCGGAGUGUUGGGCAUGGCCCACUUUAGUUUGGGUCGUGGCAGUGGUUCAUUUACUGGCGGCUUUCUGAUUGGCGAAUUUGGCACUCGUGAUGCCUUCCGUUAUAUGGGCCUUCUGGCCGUUGUGGGUGGCAUUGCCUAUGGCAUUUUACAUUUGGUGUGGCUGCGUAAGUUUGACCAUAACAUGGAUGAUAGCGAAGAGGAGAUGGAUGCCGCCGAAGCUGUUGAGGCUGGCGAAACAGAGAAGUUGACCGAACCUGCCACCAAGGAGCAGGGCACCUCAAUGUCAUUGGAACGUCUGAGUUUGAUGAUAAAAUACAAUCAAAUUGGCAGUUUGUCAUCACUGCCCAGAGGGUCGAGGGGUGACAUCCACGACCAUUUAUCAAUACGCCGCAGCAGUUAUAAUGUCGAGUCAUUACGUGUGCCCAAGCAUGGCAUUGGCAGUGCUUCCAAGGUUGACAUUUUACGCUCAGCACUGGAAAUAAAUCACAAAUCCUCAAAUAAUUCGGUGCUGAGUAAGGCCGACAACAACCGUACAUCGAAUCAAUCAUUGGGUCGCAAUCGUGCCGACAGUGCGCCAAAACUCAAUCAUACAACAAUGAAAAAUAUCUCACAACCCGCCCUGGAGGCGGUUGUACUGGAGGGUGUAGAGUCGACAUUUUUCCCCAGUCGUAUGAAAAAGUAUCCGAGUGGUUUGUUAACUUCAAUACCGGCAGUGGAUUUGUCUGUCAUACCGAGCUCCAUGCUAAUGGACCAGGACCAAGUACGUAUUCCAGAGGAAACGGAACUUAACAACUCCAAAGUCACCGUUAACAGUACCAACAGCGGAAGUGGCGAUGAGCAGCAGACAAAUAAGGCCAGCAACAAUACAACCAGCACCACCACGAACAAUAACAGUACUACACCGAAACAGGCAAAUGGCAAGAGUAUAGUAAAAGAUGAACCAACAAAUGAUGGAGAUGAUGCCACAUGAUUCUCGGAUAAAGCCUCUCUUAACUGACAAAUGAUGAUGCAAACACACUCUCACACACACACACACACGCACAUGGUUAGUAGAGAAAUGGAGGGAUAUAUGUAUGGUUGGUUGUCGGUUGAAUGGGUGCCUUGAUGUUAAGGAAGUCCAAUGAUGAAUGAGACGAAUGGUUGGAACAUCAGCAGUGAUAACCAUAUAAGCACAUCACAGAAACACACCUUAGUAAAAACACCUUCUAUUGAAAAUUUUCAACUUUUUGUGUUUUUAUUUUAAUUUCAUUUUUAAUUUAAUGUUUUUUGUGUUCUUCUGUUUCUUAUUGUUUUGUCGCUAAAAAUAGUCUAUUAAUAAAUUAUUCAUAACGAUUAUGUUUUAAAGUUAAA